AUGGACAAGCGGCUCGAAGACGUUUCAUCGCUGGAGAUUUCUGGAAGCCGACAAGCAUGUCUGAACCGUAGCUUCAGUUUCGAACCAGGGGACUCAGGGGACGGUGUCUUCAAAGAUCGUGCUUCCGCGUCUCGUUGGUUGUACUAUGGCAGUGAUGGACGCUGGCAUUUUGGUAGCACGAUCAGCAAGAACACAGGGCAACUGGCCACUGUGCUGCGCAGCUCCCUGUGCGACACAAGCAGUCCUCCAGACAACGCCUGGGAAGAGCGAGUGUUGCUCUUUGGCCGGUUCUUUGGCUUUCAGCCCUCUUCCGCAAAGGUAAGAUGUGAGUUCUGGGAGGAUUGCCGUGCUGCUUGGAACACUGCCAAGACUUCGGGUGCCUGCAAUGCCUUGCAGAUUCUGGAUUGCGAGAUCGCUGAGAUCAAUGCGAUGUAUGAUCAGAUCAUGAGUGGUUCGGAAGAUGGGGAAGCGCCCAAGUUUCGCCAGAGAGGGAGGGACGCAUGGCUUUACUACGCAUCGGAUGGUCGGUGGCAUUUCGGGUUCGGUCGAGCUGCCGCAAGAAGUCUACCAGGAAAUCGGCUACGCAGCCAAGAGUGCCAGCCGGGCACGCUUCCUGUCGACGUUCGAAACUGGGAGGUUCGUGGCAAAGGGGCAGGUUGUGAGCGGUGUUCGUUUCUUCCUUCACGUACGAGGUUGCUUCGUGACGCUUCCGAUGCUUGGUCUUGGCGGAACGACGUUUGGUCUGUAUCAGCAGCCGUUGAGAUCAGGGGAGCAAGAUGCAGCGAUUCAAACGGCUGCUAUGAGCUUCAGCAUGCCAGGAGCGAAGGUUCCCCAGUUUUCAAGCACCGCACAUUGCAGCACUGGCUGUAUUUUGCAAGCGAUGGCAGAUGGUAUGUGGGUGGGGAUGCAGAUGACAUGUGUCUUUGGGCAUCGCGCGGCUCGCUUCGAAGCUGUGAAUGUGCACCUGGAACACUUCCGGCAGAUGUUGAUGCCUGGGAAGAGGAGUCGCCCCUGUACAACGGAUAUGUGCGAGCGAAAGCUUGCAUUGUGACUUCAAUCCCUGGUCCUGAUUUGAAAAUUUUCAAGGAUGCUGUGCUGAGCGCACCGCCUGCCGUGCAAGUGACCGGUGCUGCAGCGACUGACUGGAAUGGAAGAUACACUUUGCAGGUGCAUGGCUCGUGUCCUACAAGGCUUCCUUCAUUCUGGAAAGCGGACCUUGAUGUUUGGCUUUAUCAGUGCGACGAUGGCAGAUGGUAUGUCGGACACAAGAAGCACAAAGAGAAACGUUGCCCAGGGCGAGGGCUACGCAGCUCAGCCUGUAGAACCGGAGAGCUUCCAUGCUUGGCCUCCUGGGAUGAGCAUCGAUGGUGCUACGCCAGGUCCAUCUUCGAGCCCGCCGUGUGUGUCAAGGUUCUGGUGGAAGAGGGAUGA